AUGGCGAGCUCCCAGCCGCCGCCGCCCCUUCUAUUGCUGGCUCUACUGCUGGCCCUACUGCCGCUGCUGCUAAAAGCUUCUGAUGCGAGUCCCCCUGUUCUCAUGGACAGCUCCACAGCCUCAGAGAUGGACAACUCGACUUCCAAACCUCUGACUUCUCCCUUCAGCUACAGCUCCCCUUCUGUCUGGGCCAGCCAAGAGAGCCCAGAGACAGGCUCCACAUUCCAUCCCAACAGCCCUAGUUCAGAGGCCACAACCUACCACAGCCCCUCAAAUUCAGAGACAACCUCCACCACCCAGCCCACCUCCUCACAACCAGAGCCAGACACCCACCCCAGCUCUGGCUCCCCCAGGUCGGAGCACACCGUCACCUCCCCCUCCAGCGCCCUGAGUUCUGUCUCCUUGGCCACCCUGCCUUGGAGUCCCACUCACCCCAAGCCCAGCACGCUGCCUCCCUCUGUGUCCUUGGCCACCACUGACUGGACAUUCGAGACAUCUGGUUAUGCUCCAGGUGACUCUGAGGCUCCCAGGUUGCACAGGAACCCUGGUGUGGUGGUGGCUGUGUGUCUGCUAGUGUCUGCUUUGCUCAUCGGAGGUGUGAUCAUGGCAGUGAGGCGCUAUCACAACGGGGUUUCUGAGUUCCAGAAGCUGGAUGAGGGGCUUGUGAGUCAAAGGUCAUCUUCUGCCCAUCACAGACUGCCGUGA